AUGCACGAUGAAGCUCAAAAGAACAUUCAGGUAGUUCAAGAAACAGUUCCAAAUUACAGACAAUCACUAGAUGGUGAAAAUUCGGGUUAUGUACCCCUAAAAAUUGAUUUUAAGACUGACAGAUUUACAUUAUCUAAUGUAGAAAGUUCUGUUUUAGAUACUGUUAAGAACUUUACUCGUGAUUUCCUUCAAUGUAAAGAUAAUAAACCUUUCGAUCUUGUUGGAAAUUAUUCUGAUGGCACCAAGAUUACAGGAAAAUCAAAUGAAAGUAUAAAUCUCCAUAUUACAUUAGAAAAUGCCCCAAACUCAAGCUUUGAAGCUGGAUUAGCGGCUUCUGUAGUUCCAGUAAUUUUAAAGCAAGAUAUGGAGGGCCGUCCAAUACAAGGCCGUCUUACUCUCCCUUCUAUUAACUCUUAUCCAAAAGAGUUCCAGAUUAAUCUUGUCAAGCACGCUGUCUUCCAUAUUUUAGGUAUUUCAGCAUCUAUGUAUCAAUCUUUCAAAGAUCCAACCACUGGCAAAAAUUAUUCGUCUGACAAUUUAUUCUGCAAUUUUACAAAAUUAGGCAAGAACUUCACAUUUUUAGUAACUCCAGGUGCACAUAUGGUUGCAUAUAACCAUUUUGGACCUAAUCCAUUUACAGGUGAUGAUAACAAAGUAUGCCCAGCAGGUAUCGAACUUGAUAGCAAUCCAUCUUAUGGAUUUUCUCAUCCAGAAUCGCUUAUUUACCAUACAGACAUCAUGACAGCUGCUACAUAUAACCCACAAAUUCAAAUCGGUCGUGUUACUGAUGUAACCAUUGCGAUGUUAAACGAUACAGGAUUCUACAAAGUUAAUUACAGGCUUGGUCAACCAAAUAUCUGGCUGAAUACAUAUUCUUAUGAUACACUGAACCAUACUGAUUGGGCAAUUAACGUUCCAGAGGAAUUUUUCCCAUCUGACUACUUUGCAAAUGUCAAUGCUUCAGGUAUAGAAGCACUUACCAUUGCUAUGGGUGGUGGCAUGGGACCUGACCAACAAACUGAUGUUGCUUCCGAUUACCAAGUUGGAUUUGAUUUCACAUUUGCCGGAACUACCAAAGUACUUCCAUUUUCCUACAAAGUCAAUUUAACUAAUUUAGAUCCAAACAAAACAGGUACCGAAACAUUUUAUUUAACCGACAAGGUUUAUUAUUUCAAGAAAAAUAGUACAAAGAACAAAUAUUACAAUCCAAAACCAAGAAACUACAUGGGAGCAUACCAGGAGAUGAAAUUCAUGCCACUUCUUCUCAAGACAAUUCAUGAUGCAAAUCCAACAUUGAACUGCCCUCCAGGCCAAUUUAUUCAUCCUGGCACUAACAAACUAAAUAUAGGAAAAGUUUAUCAAUGCAAUAAAGUUGUUUGCGAUUUUGAGAAAUAUUCAAAUUAUACUUAUUACUUUAACCAAAAUCAUAAAUUCACAUGCAGAGCAUUUAAUGAAUCAGUAAAUAUUAAAGAUGAAGUAACUAAAGAAACAAUAACAAUAAAAUGUGUUGACCCAGGCCGCUUCUGCAGAACAAUUAAUCUCACAGACUCAUAUUUCACAGGAGAUCCACUUUUAAGGAGCUAUGAAAUUGAUAAUUCCCAAGCGGAAGCUGCUCUCAAGAAGAAAAUCGCCAUUGGUGUCGCCGUUACCUUUGUCAUAAUCUUAAUUGUCGCAAUCGUCGCAUUUGUCUUCAUUUUCCGCUGGAUCAAGAAGAAACAACGGGAAGAAGAUAUGAGAAGAUUCAAGGCAAUCAUCGCAAAGGUCAAGGCCACGAAGAGAUCGCAAACAGUCGCAGAGACUGGUGGCAAAGAAAUCAAGGAACCACUUCAACAACAUAAGACAGAAAGAACUUCAAGAGCAACUUCUAUGAUCCCAAGAAAUCCACUCGAUGAACCAGGACAGCGCGGCAAUUUGACUCCAGGACAAUCAGGAAAGACAAACGAGAGAUUGCAACAGAUCCUCUUCCUCCAGCAGAUGGAUAAGACAAGAGAUUACCAGAAGGUCGAUGACCAGAAACAAGAGCAGCCUCCUGUUGCAGAAAUGAUCUCUCAUGGACCUGAACCCGGAGAAAACUUAGAUGAAAUUUCUGAAGGAACAAGCGUCGAUAACCCAUCAAGCGAAAAUGAAGAAAAGGCAAAGCAAGAGGAAGAAGCCAAACCAACUGAUUUCAACGACUCCUUAAUAUUAUAA